AAAAAGCAGAGAGAAAGAGCCGCAGGAUCAUGAACGAACGAGGUAGCAUCGAGGGGAAGAGGAGGAGGCAGAAGCAGAGGAUCAGCCGUUUCCUGCUGUAGCUGUAACAGGGCAAAGAGAGAACGAGGAGGAGGAGGUUUAAAGCCGGCUCGGUGGGGUUUUAUUUUUGAGCUGUCACCUAUUGAACGAAAUUUAAAAGCCCCUCCGGCUUGCACGAUCGAGGCGUGGAGAGGAUAAUGCUGGACUUCGUGAUCCCGUUGAGUAGCAGCGCCAGGCUGGAGAAGCUCAUCCCUCACAUCGAGAGGCUGUUCAGGGUGAGAGUGAGCGUCGGGCCUGCGGCGGAGAGCAGCAGAUGGGUCCACAUCGAGCAGGCAGCAGAGGUACAGGAGGGGCCCAGGAAAGCAAAGGAUUAUAUACUAUCCCUGUGCUCAUCAGACCACAAGAAGUGCGAGAGUAUUACAGCAAGUUUGCGGAAGCAGUUAAUUGAGCUGAAGGAUACCAUUGAAUAUGAGAGUCAAGCAAUACUAGAAAUAAAAGAGAAGAGUAUAGAAAUCACGGGAGGCCAAAUUAACGUAAUGACUGCCUGGUCAAUGUUUGAGAAGUUGAACAUGGAGAACAGCUCCUCCAAAGAUGAUAAGAAGCUUCAUCUCGAGAUUGGUGACUGUAGGACAAAUUCUGAGGACUGGACAAGCUCUGAAAGUGAUUCAGAACAAGUCCCUCACAAAAGGAAAGGGAAGGAGAUUGUGAGCAAACCACACAGACAGCUCUGCCGCUCGCCUUGCCUCGAACGACCUGUACUUUCCAAAAGCGGUGUCCUGCAGGAUUUUCAAAGUGAGGACAACAAAUCCAAACUCGAUGAGGGCUGCAAAUCUGCAAGUUUGGAUAAGGAAUACCAGGCCAAGAUGGAGUUUGCCUUAAAACUCGGGUAUUCAGGGGAACAGAUACAAACUGUGCUCAAUAAACUGGGAUCAGAUGCUCUUAUUAAUGACAUUCUAGCUGAGCUGGUCAGACUUGGGAACAAAAGUGAAUCUGAGCCACAACCCAACAGUAUGACCACUACGGGCACCUUGGUGGCCAGGGGCCAGUGUGUGAAGGAGAUCACCAGCCCAGAACAGUCUUUGGAGGAUGAAGUGGUGGACGAUUCUGACAAUUUGAGACCUAUAGUCAUCGAUGGAAGUAAUGUGGCAAUGAGUCAUGGAAACAAGGAAAUCUUCUCUUGCCUUGGAAUUCAGCUAGCUGCAGAAUAUUUCCUGGAAAAAGGACACAAAGACAUCACAGUGUUUGUUCCUGCUUGGAGGAAAGAACAGUCCAGGCCAGAUGCACCGAUCAAAGAUCAAGAAAUAUUACGCAAACUUGAGAAAGAGAAAAUCCUGGUCUUCACACCGUCCCGGAGGGUGCAAGGAAGGAGAGUGGUCUGUUAUGAUGAUCGAUUCAUUGUAAAGUUGGCCUUUGACUCGGAUGGCAUUAUUGUGUCAAACGACAACUACAGGGAUCUGCAGAAUGAAAAGCCCGAGUGGAAGAAAUUUAUAGAGGAACGUCUUCUGAUGUAUUCCUUUGUGAAUGACAAGUUCAUGCCACCCGAUGAUCCGUUAGGACGUCAUGGUCCCAGCUUGGAUAACUUCCUUAGAAAGCGGCCCGUUAUUCCUGAACACAAGAAGCAGCCUUGUCCUUACGGGAAGAAGUGCACUUACGGCCACAAGUGUAAAUACUACCACCCGGAGCGCGUUAACCAGCUGCAGCGCUCGGUUGCUGAUGAGCUUCGUGCGAGUGCUAAGUUGUCCGCUGUGAAAACCAUGAGCGAAGGAGCCCUGGCAAAAUGCGGCAUCGCCAUAUCGGGCGUGAAAGGCGAAGCCGUGUCCGAGAUCAAGCGGGUCGCCCCAAAGCGCCAGUCUGACCCCAGCAUACGAGCUGUGGUUUGCGAGCCAGAGGAGCGACUCGCGCCAGCUCACAGACUCGAGACUAACUCUGUGCCUUCUUUGGUCACUGCCUCCAGUGUACCUGUGUUUCAACCGAAUAAAAGCCAUGCAGCUAGUGCCAUGAGUACCAGAUCGGCAAGCAGUCCUGUCCCCUGUUCCAAACAGUUCGCUCACCAGAAGUCUUCACAAGAGCAUUUAUCCACAUUACAUUAUCCCCCCAUCCUCGUAACAAACAGCCAUGGGAACUCUGUGAGUUACACAGAGCAGUACCCAAAAUAUGACUCUACGCAGGACACUGGCUAUUAUUCCAUGAUCAAUGACUUCUCGAAUUUAAGCAUCAACAAUAUGCGUAACCACGAUAGUUAUUAUGGGUUAGAAUCGGAUCAUGUUUUGUAUCCCAGAAACCACAGCCCUCAUUCAGAAACCUGCAUUGCAGGAAAUGAUUCCUAUUCGUCGUACAAUGACUUGGCAUACCUUGGCACUGUGGAUAUUGGUCCAGAGGAGAAUGUGAAGUCUCAUCAAUCGCAGUCACAGAAUAGGCUCCAGCCUUUCAUUCAUGGCUACCAUGAACCCAUAACACGAGUUCAGAGCUAUGGACCCGAGGAACCGAAACAACCCCAGCGUAAGCAGUCCAUCUCCCACCUGGUUCCUCAUAUCCAGCAUUCUGCAGUUGGGGCUCGUUCCAGUUGUCCUGGAGACUACCCUUUCCCUCAGAACAUUCAUCCCUCCACUAAUAGUCACUCUGGUCGGGCUCUAAUAAUGACUAGACUGGACAGUAUUUCUGAUUCAAGACUCUAUGAGAACAAUCCAAUGAGGCAACGAAGGCCCCCACUCUGCAGAGAGCAACAUACCAGCUGGGACCACCUGCCCUGCGUCACGGACUCUUACAGGUACCCCUCAUACCCUUUGACUAAUAACCUGAUGCAACCCAGUUAUGAGCCUGGCAUGUUCAGGAGUAUGCCGGAAAAGAUAGAGCAGAUCUGGAGAUCACCCUGGCAGGGAAUGCCUGCAGAGCACCAGGACCAUCUGACAAUUCGAGAACAUCAGUACCAAACCUAUCGUAACCUCUGUAACAUCUUCCCAGCAGACAUAGUCCAUGCGGUCAUGGAAAAGAACCCUCACGUGACUGACCCACAGCAUCUUGCUGCAGAGAUUGUUGCUAAGCAACUGCGAUCUGGGAGGUAAUUUGGAAGACUGAGGGCCGAACACAGGACCAGCUAAGAGAAGUCCGUUUAAUGCACAACAUUUGUGAAAUAUGAGUUGCCUAACACAGUGGGUUUGAAAUGUUAUAAAUAUCUUUAUGGUGUUCAAUUAUCUGUAGGGAGUUGAGGCAGCUUUGAAAAGGAAAUGAAUACCUUUCACUUUUUUUUUCCUCAUUGAUUUUUGACUUCAAUUUUGAAGUUUUACUUUUUUUUGAAUUCACUGUUCAGCGUGAGUUUUAAAGUGUACAUACCAUUUUUGAACAAGAAAAUGUAUGUUAAAAUAAUUCAAAUUCCAAACAAGUGUAAUUUUAAGUAGUACAAUAUUUGGAAGUAUUGAAACCACUGAGAGAGCCUAAUGACAUCACCGAGCUAAUUUAAAGCAGAAAUAUUUAACCAUUUGCAAGGAUUUAGAUGAUGAUCCUGUCUGUAAGGUAUCCAUUUUCUGUUUAAGGUUCCCAACCAAAAGAGCUUUCUUGGUGUAUGGCAUGUCAAACCAUUUCCUUUAGACCAUGAUCUCCUCGUAAGGGCGGAUAAUUUGCAGCCACACCACCUUUUUAAAGCAUUAUAUUUUUUGUCUUCAGGCUGCACUGACGUGCCACUAUCUUUAAAAAGCAAUGUGUAUUGCUGAAAUCUGACAAGCUUGAUAUGUUUCAAGCUAGGUCUGUGAAAAAAAAAAAAGUUUUUCAUGAAAGUUGAGAAGGUCUUUUGGGGCCUUUGUUUCUCUUCAUGAGAAGGUCUGACACUGCCUAAAUGUUUCUUACUGUGAAACACAUGGAAUGUGAGGCUGCAGUCAGGGUUAUUUCUGACGUUUUGCAAUGGCUUGCAAAUGCUGUGUAGUUGUUUCUAUUUCUUACAAUGACAAUACAAUCACUUUAGCUUAAAACUACCAAUUUGUCAUAAGAUUCUUUACUGAAAAAUGCACUGACAGGAAUGUUAACAUUUUUAAAAUGUAAACAUCUUAAAUUAAUAUGAUUCCAAGAAUAGAAGGAAUUCUAGAUAUGAUUCCAAUUAUAUCUAAGACCUUCUGUAUCUAGUUAGUAUAAGACGAUAAUUGCAGUUCUUUUGUAAUGACGUGAUUUAAUCAAGACCACGAGAAUCUAAGGUUAAGAUCUUGGUCUGCUGAGUUUGCUGAUCACAGCCAGGCUGGUAGAAGGUGCACUAAUAUUAACCUUAGUGGGAGAGGGAAUAAAAGUUAUCUAGGGAUCCUAGUCUUCUUUGGUAACCUGUGGCCACUCUGGAGAGAGCACCUGGGUCAGUAUAGAGAAUGGAAAGGAUCAGUUUAAAAUGGACUUCUAUGCUAUUGCAUUAACUCCUAACAUUCUCUACACUGUUGGGAGUGUUUUCCAGGGAUGACUAUUGCCAGUAUUCAGCACAAGCGUAGAGAAAAUUGAUGAUAUAGCUGAUAGAUUAAAAAAUACAGUUCAUUUUGGUUGCACACCCAACAAUAUUAUAAUUUACGAUUCAAUACAGCAAACAGCAAUGCCUCGAAUGAUCAGAAAUGACCUUUGUUUGUUGAUACAAAUUGUAUCUCUUUUCUUGAUUGUAGAAAAUUAUUUAUUAAAUGUACAGUUAUCAUCGGUAGAAUAGCUUUAUCAAAUCUUGCCACAAUGUUUGUGACACUAUGUGUCACUGGGAGUAGCCCAUGGGUAUGUAUAAAUUUUUACUGGGCAUCGUAGUUUGUAGACCUGAAUUUUUAAUUCACGUUGUUCAAAUGUACACACACGUUGUGUACAAUGUUAGUAUCAUUAUUUGUUAUGUAUUUAUUAGGAUAAAAAAAUAUUGUUUCCAUUGAUACCUCAACACACCCAGUAUUGUUUUGUAACACAUGCCAACUUUAAAUAGUCACUUUAUCUGUCUAAAAGCAGAGACCAAAACCUGUUUUGACUUUAACCACCAAUGUUUUGCAAAUUUCACCUUCACAGUAUGUCUACUCUAAACAUGAUGCAUCAGAAACAGGUUUCUAAGAUGCAUCCAUUGACUUUAUCUCAUACCGUUACCUCACUGCACCCUCCUUUUCACUGACCAAGACUUUGUCGUUGAUGAGGACUGCUAAUGCCAGAGAUCUAUACUCAAUUCCCCUUGGCAUCUGCUCUGACGAUGCACAAGCUAACUCAGUGGAAUUGUUGAGAUUAAUUUAUUUGGUUGCAUAAUGCCAAAGGAAAAAUGGUUAUUAAGCCUAUUUAUAUUCUUUGUUUCUGGAAUGAUGCCUGCAUAAUUCCUGCUCUCAACACCACCAGUGUAGACUUUAUAAAGUAUUACCGCUUCUUUAAAAUUUAAUUUUAAAGCUCAAAAUGCUGCAUCUUUGCACCUCAUCCUUGGAAAACCUGAACCCACUGCUUUAUUUCUGGGAAUUUUUCACCGUUCUGAUCGAAGAAUAGAGUAUUUUACUUAAUGAAGUUACUUAGUUUUCUCUAUUCCAAGGGGAACAUUGUUAACCAAAAAUUACAUUCUAAAAUUGUAGGCCAAUUUGGAUAUACACACACACAUACAGGUCGAAGACUGACACUGCCUCCUCUCAGGGAAUCAUGCAUUUAGCUUCUUUGAGAAAAUACAUUACAUGAUUCAGACUUUUUUUUCAAUGUAUUGCAAUAUAAAGAUUAUGUGGGUAAUGCAGACUACUUCACUGAUAUUGGUCUCACUUUGAUUUGGCUACAUUUUGUGCUGCAGGGCAAGGUUACUCCAUUCAUUUUCUAAUGUAUAUAGAACCAUGCAGCACAAAAACAGGCCCUUUGGUCCAGUUUGCUUAUGCCGACCAAGGUGGACCAUCUACACUCGUCCCACCUGCCCUCCUUUGGCCCAUAUCCUUUCAAACCGUUCCAUAUCCAUGCACCUGUCCAAAUGCCUUUUAAAUGUUGUUAUAGCUUCUGCCUCAACUACCUCCUCUGGCAGCUCAUUCUAUAUACCCACCACCUUCUGUGGUGGUAUAAUAAAUGUCACUUUUAAUGGAAACAAUAUUUUUAAAUUUACUGCCUGCAUAAUGCUUGCUCUUAUUAUGAGAGAGGGCUCCUCUCUGCAAAGGAAAUCUUUUAAAAUUGUCUUCAAAAGAAAUAAGGAUGAGUUCAAGCAAGCCUCUUCUUUUGGUUGGCUUAAUUAGAAUACCAGACCACAAAUUGAUAUUACCUCUUCAAACAAUUUUUAUAAUGAGCUAAACAUUUUAGAUUAUUAAAAGUUAAUUUGGAAAGAAUUAAUCUUAAAGUACAAAAACAAUGUUUAGUUAUUUAUAAGGAUCCAUAGGAAAUUCUAUAUGGUUUAAAAAUGCUGAUGAAGCCAAACAAAGGAAUGUUGCAGCUGUAAGCAAUAUUGUUGAGAUCAAGAAUGAGAUUUUGUUUCUGUUGUCCAUGUCUUUACAUAGAACAUUCUGUACCCUUACCGCCUAUGUGAAGAUUCAGAAACCCAGUGAUAGGGCAAUAACCAUCCUGUACAAAUUGGGAAUGGUUAUUUUUGCAUCAGGUAGGUAGGGUCAGAUGGUCUCUUCAACCAAUUGUAAGAAUGGCUUUAUUUGCAUUAUUGAGCUUAUUUGCAUUAUUGAGCUAAAUAAGCAUUGCACUGUCCAAGUUAAACACUAGUCGAAUGUUCUGGGUGCUGUUCAGUGAGACCCUUCUAGUUCUUGCUUUUGUUGGUUGCAUCUACAUCCUUAUCUAUUAAUCGGAAGAGAAUAAUUCCUAUUUUUCCUGUAUAAAGUUUGUAAAAAUAAUUUUGAUUGGUUAAUCACUUUCUCUUUGCUACAUAUCUGGAGUUUGUACAUGUUCCCAGAUAUUAUCUAAGAAGUGUACCAUUUUUAGUGAAACUUGUUUGAAGAGAUCAUAUGGUUUGUGGUAGAUAUGCUGUGUUUAGAUAACUUGUGUACAGAUAGUUUGGUAUUGUGUAAAAAUAUAUAUACCUAAUGUAUAUAUAUUUUAUUAGGUUAGUCCAGUUGUUUAAUUGAUCUAGUUUUUGUUCUGUUCCAUACAAAAUGAACACGUUAGCUUUUAUCUGUAGUAAACGAAAAAAAAACUUUGGGUUUGUAGUCCCAAACAAAAUGUAAGUCUUAAUGACAAAAUGUGUCUCUGUCUCUUUGAGAAUUAAAAAAAAAGCAGAUAUGUUUUUAAGCGCUCUCUAUAAUCAGUACCUUUAAAUGCGCAACAUGUAUGGAUAAUGUGCUAAAUUGAGCCAAGUGUUGAAUGGUAUAAUUAUGUUCCAAUUUUGAACACACAGCUGACUCUAGCUGUUGUUAUAUUUAUCAGUUACAAUAAGGCUGCUAAUGAGUUUAAUUAAUUUUCAGUCAUAAAGCAAAUCUUUGUGGCUUUUGUACAAAUGUAAAUAUUAAAAUGGGUGCAUUCAUAAGAUUGAUCACUACAGCUGUUUGCUUCUCCUCUGCACAGCAGUAACUAUUUAAGUCAGUGACCAGUGCGCUUUUUUCAGUGGCCAUUUCUAAACAAAGUCAUCCUGACACUAAUUUACUGGUACCUAUCUGCUAUAAUUAAAACCAACCCAAUAUGUUUAUAAUAGUGUGCAAUACCAUCUGAGAUUCAUCCGUAUAACUAACAAUGCCAGACCUGUAAACUCCAGCAUAAAAUGGUUAUCUCCUCGUUAAGAAAGGACAAACCUUGCCCUGUAUUCAGUAUUGUGUAAUGUUUACCACACUUUGUAUAUAUUUCACACAUAGCGCCCCCCCCCCCAACUACAAUUUACACAAUUCUUAGGAUAACACCGCAAGAUUGGAAAUCUAGUAUUUUGCACCAUAUUUCAUGGCACUCAAUGUCAUCCUGGCAUUAAUUGAAAGUGGCCUUCAAAACCAAUUUUGCAUACACGAUAAUUUUGCAGUGUUGCCUUCCUUGGAAGUGUACAAUAAAUGUUAAAAGACUUUGCUCAAGAUGGUAUAUGGAGUGUGUAUUCAGGUAAUUAAUACAUUCACAGCUUUAUGGUGAGUGCACUCUAGGAGUAGCAGGGUUAUGACAUUGAUUUCUGUGCCUUUUCAAGAAGAAUUAUGGACACAACUUUAAAUAGUUUGGUACUUCUGCAUUGGAAUGUGUUCCAUAGGUGUGCAAUUUAAGAAUGUUUAAUUUACAGUGUUUGAUGUUUGCAUGAGAUUAUAGUUACCAAAAAAGGCCCUACAUGUUCACAAUUAUUAUUAGUGCCAAAUAUAACCAAACUAGUUAAAUAAUUUUUAAAAUGUAAUUUCCUACUCAAUUUAUGUUACAUGUAUUUCAAUAAAACUUGCUUUGUGGGAA